AUGUCCCAAGCUCUGAUCUUCGUCUGCACCGUAAUGGUGCUAUCAGCCGCAUUGGCCGAGGAAAACACCAAAGACCAGAACCGUGGCAUGAAUCCUAAUCAUAAUGGAAACCCGAUCCAUAACUUGAACCCAAACAACAUGAAUCCUCCUUCCAUGGAUUUCAACAAUAUGUUCCCAAAUAUGGAUUUUAAUAUCAUGAACCCAAAUCUGAAGCCUCACGGUGAAAUGCCAAAGCAACAGCAACACAACCAUAACGCUACAAAAAUGUCAGACACUCCCAAAGUGCCUGACAUGCAGAAGAUGUCAGACACGAAAACACCCGAAAAACCAGAAAAUCCCUCCAAUGGAAAGGAUUAG